AUGACUACUGAUUCAGAAUUAUACGAUGACUUAAAGACUGAUGCCGAAAUUCGUAAACUUUGGUCUGAAAGCAUUUAUAAGCGUGAUGAACGUAGGAAGUUUUCAAAAAUUAAGGAAGUUUAUGAUUUCAUUAUAGUGGGAGCAGGCACUGCGGGUUGUGUGUUAGCAAGAGAAUUGAUUUAUAAUAUCCCAAAUAUUAAUAUUUUGGUACUGGAAGCUGGGCCUCCGGAUGCUCAAGUUAAUGACAAAAAAAGUUUACCGUGUGGUUAUCCUUAUCGAACAAGUGAAACUGACUGGGGAUACUUUAUUGAAGCUCAAAGGAUGACAAGUUCUAUUGAACCUACUAAAGAAGUAGUAAACAGAGGGUUUGCUUAUCCACGCGGAAAGAUUUGGGGUGGAUGUAAAUACAAUAAAUGGGCUGCUCAAGGCCCUGAAUACAAAAUUUGGGAUUGGAAUCACUGUUUUGAAGCAAUUGAAAACAAUGCACGCGAAAAACCUGACGAAGAAUUCAAGAAAUAUCAUGGGUUCAAUGGUUUACUUCAUGUAGAAGACAUUCAAAAUGAUAAUUUCAAGAUAGUUUUAGAUGUAAUCAAGGUUGCAAAGAAUCUUGGAAUUCCUCAUAAUAAUGAUUUUAAUGGUUAUAGGCAAAAUGGAGCAGGCCCAUUUCAGGCAAUUGGUGGUGAACGUUGUUCAUUGGCUAACAGUUAUUUAAAAGAUGCAUUGAAAAAAGUUGAAGUUUAUCCUAGGCUACAACCUCUAGGACCUCCUUAUGGAUUACCCAAUGAAAUUGGAAAAUUCAUUGCAGUUAACGUUAAAUCUUUUUCUCACGUUUUGGAAAUUCUUUGGAACGAAAACACUAAAAACAAAGAUAAUACUGCAAUUGGUGUGAAAUAUUUCUAUAACGGUGCAGUACAUAAUGCAUACAUUUCUCCGAAAGGUGAAGUAAUACUUUGUGGUGGUGCCAUUAAUAGUCCUCAGAUCUUAAUGCUUUCUGGUAUCGGUCAAAAAGAUAAUUUAGAAGCAAACAAUAUCAAAGUUCGUAAAGAAUUACCGGUUGGACGAAAUUUAAUGGAUCAUCCUUCGUGUGUUAUCGCUGCUAAAGUUUCAACACCAAACAGCACGAAUACUUCACAACUUCAUUAUUGGAGUAAUGGAGCUGAAAUGGCAAUAUUUCAUAAAGCUAAUCCUGAAGGAAAAAUUCCUUGUAGAGAAGAUUUCCUUAAUGAAAAGAAAUUUGAUGCAAUAUCUAUGAUUUCAGCAUUAAAUAUUCCAUCCAGCACUGGUUAUCUGGAAUUGCAAAGCUCAAAUCCAUUCGAUCAACCAAAAAUAUAUCCUAAUUACUUUGAAAAACCUGAUGACCUGCGUAGGAUGAUUAGUUCACUUAAAUUAUCCCGUGAAAUACUGAAAAAUUCAGCGUUAAGUACAUUUUGGGGCGUAAAAGAAAUUGGAAUUAAUGAUGAGUAUGGAAAGUGGUGUAGCAGCUGCGAAAAUGGAAGCGAGAUGAGUGAUAAUGAUUGGGAAAUGUAUAUUCAAUCUCAAUUUGGAGUUAUUAAUGAACGUCUUCAAGUUUAUGGAACUAAGAAUCUUCGAGUCGUUGACGCCUCAAUCUUUCCAAUUAUUCCGAGUGGCAAUAUUAAUGCUCCUACAGCUAUG